GCCCCUCGUCCUGCCUCUCCGCCCCGGCGCGGCCCUGAGCUUUGGUCCCCGCGCCCCGCCAGUCCCGUAUGUUUUUCCGAGGGGGCCUGGUCGCCUUCUCGCCUUGUGUCCGCGCUCUUCGGCCUGGUCCUGUCGCGGCCAUGAACACUGGCAGUUUCGUUGUGUCGCAGCCGCUCAAUUACCGUGGCGGGGCCCGCGUGGAACCGGUGGACGCCUCCGGCACCGAGAAGGCGUUCGAGCCUGCAACCGGCCGAGUGAUCGCUACCUUCGCGUGCUCAGGAGAGAAGGAAGUAAACUUGGCUGUCCAGGAUGCAAAGGCUGCCUUUAAAAUAUGGAGUCAGAAAUCUGGCAUGGAGCGUUGUCGAGUUCUUUUGGAAGCUGCCAGGAUAAUAAGGGAACGGAGGGAUGAAAUCGCCACCGUGGAGACCAUCAACAAUGGAAAGUCCAUCUUUGAGGCCCGCUGGGACGUUGACACCUCCUGGCAGUGCCUGGAGUACUACGCGGGCUUGGCUGGAUCCAUGGCUGGUGAACACAUCCAGCUCCCAGGCGGAUCCUUUGGUUAUACCAGAAGAGAACCACUUGGCGUAUGCGUGGGAAUAGGCGCCUGGAACUACCCCUUCCAGAUCGCCUGCUGGAAGUCUGCUCCCGCGUUAGCGUGUGGUAACGCCAUGAUCUUCAAACCCUCUCCCUUCACGCCGGUGUCUGUGCUGCUGCUGGCUGAAAUCUACACGGAGGCCGGCGUGCCCCCUGGGCUCUUCAACGUGGUGCAAGGAGGGGCCGCCACUGGCCAGUUUCUGUGUCUGCAUCGUGAUGUGGCCAAAGUCUCCUUCACUGGGAGUGUGCCCACUGGCUCGAAGAUCAUGGAGAUGGCAGCUAAAGGAAUCAAACCCAUUACCUUGGAGCUGGGAGGCAAAUCUCCCCUGAUCAUCUUCUCCGAUUGUGACCUGGAGAACGCCGUGAAGGGAGCGCUGAUGGCCAACUUCCUCACGCAAGGCGAGGUUUGUUGUAAUGGCACAAGAGUAUUUGUACAAAAGGAAAUUCUCGAGAAAUUUACAAAGGAAGUGGUGAAACGGACGCAGGGGAUAAAAAUUGGAGAUCCCCUUCUGGAAGGUACAAGGAUGGGCCCCCUCAUCAACCGCCCACACCUGGAGCGAGUCCUUGGGUUUAUUAAGGUGGCAAAAGAGCAGGGUGCUAAAGUGCUGUGCGGUGGAGACGUCUAUGUACCUGAAGAUCCCAAGUUAAAGGAUGGUUAUUACAUGAGACCUUGCGUGUUGACCGAUUGCAGAGACGAUAUGACCUGUGUGAGAGAAGAGAUCUUUGGACCAGUUAUGUCCAUUUUAUCAUUUGACACCGAAGCUGAGGUUCUGGAAAGAGCCAACAAUACCACUUUUGGCCUGGCGGCUGGUGUCUUUACCAGGGACAUCCAGCGUGCCCACAGGGUGGUGGCCGGGCUGCAGGCAGGGAUGUGCUUCAUUAACAACUACAACGUCAGCCCGGUGGAGCUGCCCUUCGGUGGAUACAAGAAGUCAGCCUUCUCUUCCUUCCAGGGUUCGGCAGGGAGAAUGGCCGCGUGACAAUUGAGUACUACUCACAGCUGAAGACCGUGUGUGUGGAAAUGGGUGACGUGGAAUCUGCCUUUUGAACAUACACGGCGAGCCCCGUCCGCGUGGCCACGCGUGGAACGGCCGCUGGAUCUCCAGGGGGCCACACGGCUGCCUCGGUUUCACACCCAGAAUUGUGUCCCUCGGGAUAAGAGAACGGCUCGGUGUUCUUCCUUCCUCACCUCUCAGUUCCCUUCCUGAUGGAAAAUUUGCCCAAGCGCCUUUAAGACAAUCAAGAAAGUGGCGAUUUUCUCAAAGCAAAUUUCUGCAAAAUCUUUAACACGCUUCUGGAGAACAGGGAGAGGGACCAGGAUUAUACUUGGUCCACAGGUUUGACCCGACAGUGCUCCUCCUCCGGCUUGCUUCAAAGUAGAGCUCGUUUCUUGCUCCCUGACAGUUUUGAGCUCUGGCCCCGUCAUGGAUUGCAUUGCGAGAGCUGACAGUCGGGAUGGAGAUAAUAGCCAGGGUCACGUUCUGUGUGAUGGUUCACUUGCCAAAGUAAGCCCUUUGUUUCCACUCAGUGCUGGUGUCCAGUCCUUGAACUACAGCUUUCUCCCUUGAUAAAUACAAAAUAGCUGGAGGCUCCUGG